CGCCAACCACCAACAAAAUAAACAGAAGAAGCCGCAGUUCUGUCAGCGGAGCGUUAAUGCUGAGUUGCACUUGAACGGGGGAUAAAAAAAAAAGAAAACACAAAGAUGACUAGCCGGAUGAUGCAAACGGGGCGAUGCCCGACAGACGAACUGUCGUUGACCAACUGUGCCGUCGUCGGUGAGAAGGAGCUGCAGUUUGAACACCACGUCACUGUGCGCAAUUUAACCCACAAGUAUGUGUUCACCUUGAAGACGCAUCCGAGUGUCAGCUCCGGGACCAUCGCCUUCAGUCUGCCACAGAGAAAAUGGGCAGGCCUGGCCAUUGGACAAGAGGUUGAAGUAACAAACUACAAGUUUGACAAGUCCAAACAGUGUAUCAGCACCAUGACAGUGGAGAUCGACUUCCUGCAGAAGAAGAACGUGGACAGCAACCCCUACGAUUCCGACAAGAUGGCCGGCGAAUUCAUCCAGCACUUCAACAACCUGGCCUUCAGUAUUGGCCAACAGCUGGUGUUUAGUUUCUGUGAUAAACUGUUUGGCUUGGUGAUAAAAGAUAUUGAGGCCAUGGACCCCAGCAUCCUGAGGGGAGAACAUGCCUCUAGCAAGAAACAGAAGAUUGAGAUUGGUUUGUUGCUGGGAAACAGUCAGGUGAUUUUUGAAAAGUCAGAGAGCUCAUCCAUGACCCUGAUUGGGAAAGCCAAGACCCGAGAGUCUCGCCAGUCCAUCAUCACCCCCGACUGGAAUUUUGAGAAGAUGGGUAUUGGUGGCCUUGACAAGGAGUUUUCUGACAUCUUCCGUCGAGCCUUCGCCUCCCGAGUCUUCCCUCCAGACAUAGUCGAACAGAUGGGCUGUAAGCAUGUGAAGGGAAUCCUGCUGUACGGACCCCCAGGCUGCGGUAAAACCCUGAUGGCACGACAGAUUGGCAAGAUGCUCAACGCCCGGGAGCCAAAGAUCGUCAACGGCCCCGAAAUCCUCAACAAGUACGUCGGGGAGUCCGAGGCCAACAUCAGGAAGCUGUUUGCAGACGCAGAGGACGAACAGAAAAGGCUCGGUGCCAACAGCGGCCUUCACAUCAUCAUCUUCGAUGAGAUUGAUGCAAUCUGUAAGCAGCGUGGCAGCAUGGCAGGCAGCACCGGAGUCCACGACACCGUGGUCAACCAACUGCUGUCUAAGAUUGAUGGAGUGGAGCAGCUCAACAACAUCCUGGUCAUAGGUAUGACCAACAGGCCAGACCUGAUAGAUGAGGCCUUGUUGAGGCCGGGAAGACUGGAGGUGAAGAUGGAGAUUGGGUUACCUGAUGAGAAGGGUCGCAUUCAGAUCCUACACAUCCACACAGCAAAGAUGCGUCAGUACAACCUGCUCUCCAGCGAUGUGGAAAUUAAGGAGCUGGCCGUGGAGACGAAGAACUACAGUGGUGCCGAACUGGAGGGUCUAGUCAGGGCUGCUCAGUCCACUGCUAUGAACAGACACAUUAAGGCCAGCAACACAGUGGAGGUGAACAUUGAGACGGCAGAGAGGCUGCAGGUCAGCAGACUUGACUUCAUGGCCUCGCUGAAUAACGACAUCAAACCUGCAUUUGGUACCAACCAGGAGGACUACGCCAGCUACAUCAUGAACGGUAUCAUCAGGUGGGGCGACCCGGUGUCGGCGGUGUUGGAGGACGGGGAGCUGCUGGUGCAGCAGACCAAGAAUAGCGACCGCACACCGCUCGUCUCUGUGCUCCUGGAAGGCCCACCUAACAGUGGUAAAACAGCGCUGGCAGCUAAGAUUUCCGAAGACUCCCAGUUCCCCUUUAUCAAGAUCUGCUCCCCCGACAAGAUGAUCGGACACUCCGAGAUCGCCAAAUGCCAAGCCAUCAAAAAGAUAUUUGAAGAUGCCUACAAAUCCCAGCUGAGCUGUGUGGUUGUGGAUGACAUUGAACGCUUGUUGGACUAUGUCCCGAUCGGCCCUCGUUUCUCCAACCUGGUGUUGCAAGCCUUGCUGGUGCUGCUGAAGAAAGCUCCUCCUAAGGGUCGUAAGCUGCUGAUCAUUGGCACCACGAGUCGUAAAGACGUCCUCAGGGAAAUGGAGAUGUUGGAUGCUUUCAGCACCACCAUCCACAUUCCCAACAUCUCAAGGGGAGACCAGCUGGUCGAGGCCCUGGAGCUGCUUGGCAGUUUCCAGGAGAAAGAGCGGGCCACCAUAGCGAAAGCUGUGAAGGACCAACGAGUGUGGAUCGGCAUAAAAAAGUUGCUCAUGCUGAUUGAAAUGGCUGUACAGAUGGAUCCUGACUACAGAGUUAGCAAGUUCCUGAGUCUAUUGAAGGAUGAAGGAGCACUGGGUUCUAAUAAGUUUGAGGCAAUCUAGACUCAGUGGAGCCACAGUGAAAAAGAGGCAUCCUUCAGUGUUGCUGAGGAACGGAAGCCUGAAAGAGGCUGGCAGGAGGAAGCGAGCGAGAGACAAGUUUCCAUCUCUCUCUGCAUCCUUCCUUCCCAUCCCCGAAGCUCUGUGCGCUUCUCUCUGCACUGCAGCUUUCUGCAGAAGCAACCAACCAGGCAGCCUCUUCCUCUUCAGCACUGUGUGAACAUGUAAAAUAAGAGAAACAAGCGGUGUUUGUUGUAUCUGGUGUAUAUUGCAUUUCUUGAAGACUAGUGCUGUUAUCUCCAUGCGAUGCCCCUAGCACUCCAUUGUGAUUUUAUAUAUGAAAGAGUCGAGGCAAAAGACACAUGGCAAGUAGACGUGCAUGCACAAACACUAAUUAUAAUACUGUGUGUUUAUAAAGCCCUUAUUUGUAUGCACACAUUUAUAAUCUGAUCAUUCCAGAACAGGACUUAAAGAUCUCACUGUGUUCUUAUCAUAAUGUGUACUUGCUUAUGUCUGACCUUUUUUAUUUUAUGAAUAAAUUAAUUCUAGUACUAACAGGAAA